UUAAUAUUUUGAAAAAAUAAGGAAAGCUCAUUCAACCCUAAUUUUCUUGUUCAUAUAUGGGCUGUACUGAUUAAAGAGAUCGUGUCCCAAUUCCUCAAUUCUGAAUCGAGUUUCAAAAUUAGGGGGAAAAGAAAACUUCGGGUUCAAUAACUGUUGAGGUGUUGAUUUUUCAUAGUGUGCAAUUAGUUUUUUGGGAAGUUAGAUGCUGUUGAGUUUAUUCGUCUGCCACAAAAGGCAAACUUGAGGACAUAUAUAAAACAUGUCAAGCAAGAAGGAAGAGAAAUCUCAGGCUGCAGCUGAAAGAAUCAAGGCUGCAGCCCUGAGUGCUGCUAAAGGCCUUAGUCGUGCCCAGGCUGAAAGGGCGGCUGCUGCGGCUGCCCGAAAUGUCAAUGCCUAUGGGCAGAAGGAAGAAGGGCCUAGCAGAUGGCAGGAGAAAAGAGAAGCAAAGAGGCAGAUGUAUUUGAUGAGUACCGAAAAAGCUGUUAAAUUGGGUGAAAGGAAAGACCUCAAGCCUGCAAUGUCGGCUGCAGGUGGAGUGGCGCAGUGCCAAAAGUGUUUCCAGAGUGGCCAUUGGACAUAUGAAUGCAAGAAUGAACGGGUUUACAUUUCGAGACCAUCCCGGACCCAACAACUUAAAAACCCUAAAUUGAGGGUGAAUGUGUCUGUGACUUAUGAUUUGGAUGAUAACAUUCCUGAUGCUAAGGAGGAAAAGGCAAAAACAAGUUCCAAAAAAACCAAAAGGAAGCAUCGGAAGGACUCUGAUUCUGGUAGCGAUAGUGAGGAUUCUGUUUUUGAGACCGAUAGUGGCAGUGGGUCAUCAUCUGUUACGGGGUCGGAUUAUUCUUCUGAAAGUAGUUCAGGUUACAGUUCAUCUUCUGAUUCAGAGGAGGAACGGAGACGGAGGAGAAAGAAGAAGCAGAAGAGAGGAAGACGCAAGAGGUACAGUUCAUCAGAAUCAUCUGAUUCAGAUUCUGCUUCAGACUCUGAUUCUGAUGAUGAAAGGAGCCGGAGAAAGAAGAGGCAUAAUCGAAGACACUGAAUGAGACUGAAGAAUGCGUGGAGCAACAAAGGGGUUGGUGAGUGGGGGGGACAUGUUGGAUCGUUACCAAGUCCAUGUAUACAAUCAUGAAGUUUCAGCAGCUAUGUGCACUUGUUUGUGAUAUCGGUAAUGUAGAAUAAGCUUUCCUAGAUGCAGGGGUUGUGUUUUUGUUUCUUUGAUUACUUAUCCUGAAGAUACUUGCAAGUUAGGUUUAAUCUUUAAACAGUUACCUUUUUGGACAUGCUCUAUGUUGUUUAUGAGAUGUUUAAGCAGUUGGAUGGUUUUUUCAUUUGACGCAAGCUUUGAAUGCUGUCAUACUCAUACUCUCAUUUGCAACAUAAUUUCUUGUGUAGUUUUGAGGCUUUCA